AUGACAUUCAGUACUUUAGACGCUGCCGUAUCCUUUUACAAGAACUAUGCUAAAGUUGGCUUUGAUAUAAGGUCUAGUUCUAUUAUGAAGUCUAAGGAUGGAGUGAUUCUGACAAAGUACAUUCUUUGUAGUAGAGAAGGGUAUAGGAAUGUUACUGCUAGUUCUACAUUGAAUAUAGAUGAAGCAUCAAGUUCUUCAACUACAAAGAGGAGAAGAGUCUCAAAUAGGACAGGUUGCAAAGCCAGAAUUGUGUUCAAAUUCAUAGGAAGUCUUGGUUAUGUUGUUAAAAAAUUUGAGGAAAGACAUAACCACUAUAUGUCAUCAAUCCUAGCAAAACAGUUUUUAAAAGUCAAUAGGAACAUUGAAAUGGGGCAUCAAAAGUUUAUUGCAAAUUGUGCACUAGCAAAUAUUGGUCCAACAAAAUUAUUUAACCUGUACAAGGAGAUUGUCGGCGAUUUUUCCAAUGUAGGUGCAACAAAUAUUGACUUUAAGAACUUCAAUAGGGAUAUUAGAGCAUAUAUAAUAGGUGCUGAUGGACAAAUGAUUGUGAAUAAUUUUUUUAAGAAAAACGAGGUGUGUGAAGCAUUUUAUUUUACAUAUGACAUUGAUGAAGAUGAGAACUUGUGGAAGCUUUUUUGGGCAGAUCCAAUUUCAAGAAAGAAUUUUGGUCGUUUUGGUGAUGUAGUAUCUUUUGAUGCAACGUAUCAAACUAACAGGUACGACAUGGUUUUUACAUCGUUCAUCGGGAUUGAUAACCACAAGAAAAGCAUUACAUUUGCAGCUGGAUUAUUAACAAAAGAAGACAUUGCAUCCUAUGUUUGGUUAUUUGAACACUUUAAGAAAGCAAUGGGUGCAGAGCCAAAAGUAAUUGUUACCGAUCAAGAUCCAUCAAUGAGACAAGCAAUUCCAGCAGUAUUUAAUGAAGCUAGGCAUCGUUUUUGCAUGUGGCACAUUAUGUGCAAGGUGGGUGAAGAGGUUGGUUCUGUGCUAAGUAAGAAUGAAAUUUUUAGGAAGAAAUUGAACUCUGUUGUGUGGAGCUCAUACUUAGAACCUCUUGAAUUCGAGAAUUAA